GUAAUGUAUUAUUGUUAAUGUAGGUAGGUGAUGUCAACCUACCCUGUUAAUUUGGCAAAAUAAAUCAGUCCCCAGCUAACCGUCGUUUAAUUCAUACCAUAUAUUACAACUGGCGACGAGUGUGUUUAUUUAUUUUUUGUAUUUCGGGUUAAUAGUGUUAAAUAUGCCUUUCGGAAAGUUGCACGAAUACGAUAUUAACGAUCGUAACAACUGGAGUGCGUACGUGCGUCUCGUUAAGCAGUUCAUUUUACUUAACGACAUCAGAGAAGAUCUACACGUCGCAACAUUACUGACGCAUGUCGGCGCCGCCACGUACGAGCUCAUGUGCGACCUGUGUGCGCCGAUGCAUCCGGAGACCAAGUCAUUCCAAGUGCUGGUUGAUCUUGUCGGAAAUCACCUCGAACCGAAAAGAUCGGAAAUAGCUGAAAGGCACCUGUUUAGACAAAGGCGACAGACAGAGACUGAAUCGAUAAGCGUGUUUUUGCAAAAUUUAAAACACUUAGCGAAGCAUUGCAAUUUUGGAACUAUGCUUGAAGAAAACAUUAGGGAUCAGUUCGUCUCUGGACUUCGAAACGAAGUGAUGCGGUCUCGGUUGUUCGCGGAACCCACAUUGGAUUACAAGAAGGCGGUGGAGCUGGCGCUUGCGCUGGAGGCAGCCGAGAGGCACGCGGAAGCGGCCGGCGGCGACGGCCAGGUGACGGCGCCGGCAGCUUCGGGACUCGAGCAGGCGGGCGGCCUGCAUCGCGUGGCCGCGGGGGCCACACGGCCGCGGCGCAACGUUUGCUGGCGCUGCGGCAAGGACGAGCACACGGCAGAUAAGUGUAGCUAUAAGUCGUUUAAAUGUUAUAAGUGUUAUAAUAUAGGCCACUUGGCUAAAAUGUGUAAAAAAAAUGUAUAUAGGGCUGAGAGCGGAAAGUCGAAACUUCAUAAUUAUAUUGAUAGUUGUGACUCGGCGAGCGAUGCGAGUGAUUGUUUACAUCAUAUUAUAUCCGUUAGUAAUAAUGGUACGGACGGACCUUAUCAUUGCUCAUUGCGUGUAGAAAAUAUAGACAUGAUUUUUGAAAUAGAUACGGGCAGCAGAAUCUCGGCGGUGUCAAAAGAAUUUUAUGAUAAAUAUUUUUAUAAUUUACCUAUUACGAAACAUAACAUUAAAUUGCAAUCGUACACGGGCGAGGCGAUCGUCCCUCUCGGUUACGUCACGGUGCGCGUAACGAGUGGGAGCGGGACGACCGAGUUGCCAUUGUUUGUUAUCGCACGCGGCGGCCCGCCACUGUUAGGCCGUGUGUGGCUACGUAAACUCAACUUAGAUGCUAUUAACAUUAAUAAAAUAGGUCUGCCGGCCGACUCGUUACUUAUAAAUCUACGAAAUGAAUUUCCUGAGGUAUUCGGUAACGGGGUAGGCACAUUCAAAAUAAAAAUUAAAUUACAUUUGAAAGAUACAACGCCGAUAUUUUGCAAGGCCCGUCCGCUGCCGUUAGCGUUGCGUUCGCCUGUCGAGCGCGAGUUAGAACGCUUACAAGCGGAGGGAAUCAUUUAUAAAGUGGACAGGUCCGAUUAUGGAACGCCCAUUGUACCGAUAAUAAAGCGCGAUGGAACAAUUAGGAUUUGCGGUGAUUAUAAAGUCACAGUAAACCCUUUAUUAAAAGAUUUUCAUUAUCCUUUGCCGCGCACAGAAGAGCUGUUUGCAGCGUUAAGUGGUGGCGAACAGUUUACUAAAUUAGAUUUAAAGAAUGCUUAUUUGCAAGUAGUAUUAGAUGAAGCUUCACAACCACUAACGGCUAUAACAACUCAUAUGGGUGUAUUUGUGUAUCGAAGGGCCCCGUUUGGUUUAAAAUGUUUACCAGAAAUGUUCCAGAAAUUAAUUGAGGAAACUCUGAGCGGCUUAGAUUGUGUUGUAGCAUUUAUUGACGAUAUAUGUAUAACCGGUCGCAAUAGAGAGCAUCAUUUACAAAAUGUUAAAGAAGUAUUGUCUCGAUUAAAAGAAGCGGGCUUACGUAUUAAAUUUGAAAAAUGUGAGUUUUUUAUGGAUGAAAUCUCAUAUUUAGGAUAUAGAAUUGAUAAAAAUGGGGUACAUACAGAUAAGAGUAAGGUAUCCGCCAUUGUAAAUUUACCUGUGCCGAAAAAUGUAUCACAACUUCGAGCAGCGUUAGGCUUAAUUAAUUAUUAUUCGCGCUUCAUUCCGAACAUGAGUACAUUGUUAAAUCCAUUGUAUAAGUUAUUGGCGAAAGGCAAUAAAUGGUGUUGGAAUAGGGAUUGCGAGCGGGCAUUCAAAGCAGUUAAGGAUAAGUUAGUUAGCGGGCCCGCGCUAGCGCAUUACUCGCCGUCGCUGCCGCUGGUACUCGCCGUGGACAGCAGCGCGUAUGGUCUGGGUGCCGUGCUGGCGCAUCGCAUGCCCGACGGCAGCGAACGCAUCGUCAGCUGCGCCUCGCGCACACUCACCGACACGGAGCGGCGCUACAGCCAGAUCGACAAGGAGGCACUGGCGAUCGUCUACGGGGUAAGCAGGCACCAUCAAUAUCUGUUUGGACGUAAAUUUACUCUUCGGAGUGAUCAUAAGGCACUCACGUACAUCUUCGGACCGAAACACGGCAUACCACAAACGGCAGCUAGUAGAUUGCAGAGAUAUGCUGUACGCCUAGCGGCAUACGACUUCGACAUCGUCUUCGUAUCUACGGACAAAAACGGCAACGCCGAUGGCUUGUCCCGCCUACCGCAGCCGACUUCAAGCAAGUCGACGGAGGAGGAGGACGCUGCAACUUACUUGCAUUUUGUUGAAGACAGCUUCCCUCUUAGCCAUAAGGAUGUGGCAAAGGAGACGGCAAAGGAUGUUACGUUAAGAAAGAUAUAUGGGUAUAUUAUAAGCGGUUGGCCACAGCAGACCGAAAUCGAAGGCGAGAAGCCUUAUUUUCAUCGCAAGGAGGAGCUACACGUCGAUCAUGGAUGCAUCGUGUGGGGAUACCGGGUGGUCAUACCUGGUACCCUGCGCAAACAGAUAGUGGAGGAGGUUCACGCGGGCCACGUGGGCAUGGUAAGGAUGAAGCAAAUAGCUCGCAGCUAUGUGUGGUGGCCACGGCUCGACGCGGAGCUGGAGGAACGCGCGCGCACGUGCGCUGCGUGUCGCGACCAGAGGGAUGCGCCGCCGUGCGCCACUCCUGUGCCUUAUGCCUGGCCUUCGGAACCGUGGACCCGGUUGCACGCGGACUUUCUACAACAUGGUGGGCGAUAUUACUUGCUCGUCAUCGAUGCUCAUUCUAAGUGGAUCGAGGUGUUUCACAUGUGUGGCGGAACAUCUGCGGCUACGGUGGAAAAUAAAUUCAGAGAAUUAUUUGCUCGAUUUGGUAUUCCUAGACAAAUGGUUACGGAUGGAGGGCCACCUUUCACUUCCUGUGAAUUUGAGGAGUUUUUGAAGAAAAAUGGUGUAGACCAUAUAGUUACGGCACCGUACCAUCCGUCGAGCAACGGGGCGGCAGAAAAUGCUGUAAAGACCGUGAAAAAGGUCAUCAAAAAGGCUCAAGUAGAGGGCGAAAAUGUCGACCGCGCGUUAAGCAAAUUUUUAAUGCAGUAUCGCAACAGUACGCAUUGCACCACACAACGCGAACCGGCUGUAGCCAUGCUCGGGAGAAGGCUACGGACGCGUCUCGAUCUGUUGCGUCCCGCCGCAGCCACGGGCGAGGCGGUGGCGCGCGCGCAAUGCACGCAGCUCCGGCACGCGGGGGGGCGCCCGCGCAGUCUUGGUGUCGGCGAUGUCGUACUAGUUAGGAAUUACGGAAAAGGAGACAAGUGGAUGGAGGGAAUAGUGACAGAGCGUACGGGCAAGGUCACCUACGCGGUUAAUACCGGUGAUAAAACAAAGACCAGACAUAUUGAUCAAAUAAUUCCUAAGAAAAAUUUGCGUCACUCGUGGCAUAUACCCAUUCAAAAUGAAAAUAGUGAAGAUAAUGAAUGUUCUCAGGUACAGGGGGACGACACUGCGGAAACGAGAGUACCAGCGGCGCGCGAAAGUGUUAAUUCGAGUUCCACUUCGAAAACAGACGAAAUUUCGUGUGCGUCAUCGUACGAAACUAAUAUUGUGCCUGAGCUUUCGAUCCCCACUCAAACACCAGAACAAAAGCGUUAUAAUUUAAGGCCACGACAAUUAAAAAAAUGAAACUUUAAAAUAUACAAGUAUUCACAUUACGUUUAAUAGAUAUCAUAAUUAUUAUUCUUUUUUUUUUCGUAAUCUUUUUUUUUAUUUCUUUUUUUUUCUUGGUUUUGUUUUAUUUUAAGUUACUUUACCUACUAUUGUAUUGCACUUAAUAAACAUAAUAUUUUCAUAUUUCCCUAGUUAGUACUAAAAACUAUUUUUCUUAAAUUUCGUUCUAUUUUUUAUAACAAUAUCCUUGUGUACAAGUUACCGUCAAGUUAAGUUACGAUUAAGUUUAAUUUUUUUUUGUUUAUUUAAAAGUCUUAUUAAUUUGUUUGCCUGAUUGGAACUAGCAACAUUUUAAGGGCGGUGUAUGUGAUGGUAGCUUGGUUAAUUUCACACUGUUUUUGUAACCGAUUAAUUUAUUUAUAUUAAACAAAAAAAAAGUUUUCUUUUCUUGAUUAGUCAUUUAAGUUUGUGCAAUUAUUAUUGCUUUAAUUUUCAUUGUAAUUCAUCUGGAGAGGGAUAUUGUAAUGUAUUAUUGUUAAUGUAGGUAGGUGAUGUCAACCUACCCUGUUAAUUUGGCAAAAUAAAUCAGUCCCCAGCUAA